AUGAAAUAUGAAAUGAACAAGUCCAAAAUUAAGGUGGCACUCACCCGACAAGUAGAAUGGUUUCGGGAUUUCGGUGCAAAAGAAGAGAAAUCAGAAGCAGCAAAAAUGUUGAGACAAUUAAAGAAUAUUAUUUGUCCAACUGAAAAGCUAGCCACUGGAUUACGAUCCUGA